AUGCUGGACGCCUUAAAACGACGGGCUUUUUCAAUUGCCGUGGAUGGGACCAGCAACAGGGAUUCACAACUGUAUCCCAUUGUUGCGACCUAUUACGUUGAAGAGACGCGUAAGGUAGAAAGCCGCCUUCUGUGCCUUGAAACAAUCGAAGGAGAAGCAUCCGGUCGUAAGAUUGGAAAUUUGAUCCUGGACGUGCUGAAGUCCCGGGAUUUACCGAUAGCAAAUUGCUUGGCUAUGUCUGCUGACAAUGCAAAUGUCAUGAUCGGCAAGAAAAAUGGUGUCGCCGCAGUCUUGAAAGUGGCUCAGCCAAAUUUGAUUGUAGUUGGUUGUCCGUGCCAUCUGAUCAACUUAGCCGCCCAGAAAGGUGCUGCAUGUUUUCCUGUGAAAGUUGAUGAGAUUUUGGUAGACGUUUUCUUCUACCUAGAGAAGAGUGUGAAACGUAAGGAUCGACUGAAAGAUUUUCAAAGGAUACAUGACAUCGAAGUCAGAAAGGUCUUGAAGCAUGUGCCAACACGCUGGCUGUCUUUGGGAAAGUGCCUGAAGAGGCUGCUUGACCAGUGGGAACCACUUCUAAGCUUUUUCUUGAGCGAAACAAAGAAAUGCGAGAACCGAAGCUCGCUGUUUUUGGAGUCCUAUAAGAUCCCAUCAACUGCACAGACUCUCAAGACCCCCCAUGCACAGGCUCCCAAGACCCCCCCUGCACAGGCUCCCAAGACCCCUGCAGAGGCUCCCAAGACCCCAGCACAGGCUCUCAAGACCCCAGCACAGGCUCUCAAGACCCCAGCACAGGCUCUCAAGACCCCAGCACAGGCUCUCAAGACCCCAGCACAGGCUCUCAAGACCCCAGCACAGGCUCUCAAGACCCCAGCACAGGCUCCCAAGACCCCUGCACAGGCUCUCAAGACUGCUGCACAGCUUCCCAAGACUAGGGUACAGAUAUCCAGGACAGCUGCACAGAUCCCCAAGGUUGCAGGUCAUGAAGGAAAGGAAAGUGCUGAUGGUGCUGGAGAUGGACCCUCACUAAAGAGAAAAGGAGUCAAUCCUAUGCCUCAUGCUAAAAAGCUCAGGCAGCCGCCUCAAGAAUCAGGAGAGGCCAGCAUCAUGUCCCGUGAGAAGCGCCUGGUUUAUUUCCUAUCAUCGGAACUGAACAGGGCAUACUGUCUUUUUCUGGUAAAUGUGAUACCACUUUUUGACAAGACAAACUGCCUGCUUCAGACACAGGCUCCUCAGAUUCACAUACUCAGGGGCCUCUUGAACCAGCUUCUAGAGGAUCUCUUGACGAGAUUCGUCCGCCCAGAUGUUCUGAAGGGAUGGCACUCAUUGCUGACAUUGGCUUAG